AUGUCAGCAGCCCCGAAACACGAUAGUGUAACUGGACUAUCGACCGGGCCACCCCAGCGAAAAUCAGUUUCAUCCGAAUCCGGAGGGAUGGCACCUGUGGCCCUAUAUCGAUUGUAUCCUCACCAGUCUUCAAACGGACGGCGCGAGCUGCGUGCAAUGGAGAACGGAAACGGCAGUCAUCAGCCCAGCGAGAACGGGCACCGGCACCAUCGAAGCAGCGCAGCAAGCGUCAGUACUGCUAUUCACGUUCCCAGUAGUGGAUCCCCCAACGAGGACGGCAACAACGACGAUUUCAAUCAACGGUACACCGCGCGGAGAGCGACGACGCAAUCGGACAAUACAGUAGAUCGAUUUUCAAAAUCAGAGAUGGCGCCAAACUCAACCAAAGUAUCCUUCAAUGACGAUGCAAACGAAUUUAGUUCGCGUGGAAUACACAUUCCCACUCGGACUAGCAGUAGYGGAAUCCAGGUCCCAAGAGCGGGACAUGUGCCCUCGUCAGUAUCCUCACCRGCUACAUCCCCCGCCCCAGGCUUUCAAACACAAUAUUCUUCACCACCGUCACCAUAUGCGACACACGAUUACGCGUACGAUGCCGGUGGACGAAGCAGUGGGGACUCUACAUUCUCCCAAGAAACCGUAGCAACAUCCGUACACACUUUACCUGCCUUGCAGGCCAGAGGUCCCGAAAAUGGCGAUUUUCAUCACCUGGAGCCCGUGUUGGAGGACGAUCCAUCGUCGUGGGAUCUUGUCGGUCCAGCACAGGAGGAAGAGGCUUCUGGCAUGUACUCGCUUGAGACCCGUGCGGAGAGACUCUUCAGUGCCGACCACCUAACCAAGAUCUUUGAGGACCCAAAAUUGCUGCUCAGAUUCACUGGUUUCCUCAACACACAUCGACCAAGGAGCAUACCUAUCCUAAUAUACUAUCUGGACGCAUUGAAAGCAAUACGCGCCAUCAAAUACGCAAAUGCCAUCGCCGAGGCAUUAGAGCCGAWCAAAGGCCACGAUUUUACCCAGCAAGGCGCAAAGCCUACCAACAACGUCAUACUUGAGGAGAAGGCGAAUCGAGCUUUUGAAGUGCUGGUCCAGGAGGACCUUCCUGCAUACAUUGCACACACAUGGAUACAGGUGGUCAGCAUCAGCAUACAACGAAGGAUCACCGGCACUCUUGCUCCGCACUUACGUGAGGCCAGCGAAGGCCUGGCUGAGGUCUUUUGCUUGUCUGAUCCGAGCAGAGCAGACAACCCCAUCGUUUUCGCGUCCGAGGAGUUCAACAGAACAACCCAGUACGGCAUGGGCUACGCGAUUGGUCGGAACUGUCGCUUCCUACAAGGACCGCAGACCAGCCCUCAUUCCGUGCGCAGACUUGCAAUGGCUUGUGCCGAAGCUAAAGAGCACAGCGAGGUGUUCAUAAACUAUCGUCGGGAUGGAAGCCCAUUCCUCAACCUUUUGAUGAUUGCGCCGUUGAUGGACAGCCGUGGAAAUGUGCGAUACUACAUCGGGGCACAGGUUGAUGUUUCUGGUCUGAUAAAAGAUUGCAGCGGGAUGGAGGGCCUGGCGAACCUGUUGGAGCAAGAGCAGGGAGGCGAAGGUGCCGCUACGCCCAGCCAUAAAGACGAGUUCCAGGAGCUGAGCGAAAUGUUCAACGGCGCCGAACUCGAUACUGUGCGGAGAUGCGGUGGCCGCAUGCACAAAGAGUAUGUGGAUGACAGCGAUCGCGAGAGCUUGCUUGGCAGAUCACGUUUGCUUCUGAAAGAUCCCGCACAGGAUGUCUUCCCAAAGGAAGCCCAAAGCAGUCCAGCAUUGAGCGCAACCGAGCGAAUCAAUGGCAGACUUCAGGGUGUUUAUCAAGACUACAUACUCAUUCGACCGUCGCCAUCGCUUCGCAUAUUGUUCACAUCGCCAUCGCUGCGGGUUCCUGGGAUUCUCCAGUCGCCAUUCCUUCCUCGAAUUGGAGGCAGCAGCCGUGUGCGACAGGAUUUGACCGCAGCCCUUGCUGAAGGUCGUGGCGUGACGGCCAAAAUUCGAUGGCUAACACGACCGGACGAGGACGGAGAAGGCGAAGGGCGACCACGCUGGAUCCACUGUACGCCAUUGUUGGGACACAAUGGCUCGGUUGGCGUGUGGAUGGUCGUUCUCGUUGAUGAGGAGGGAGCCCUUCCCGGUACCGCAUCUGGUAGGCGCUUUAGGCAAGCACCUCCUGUCUCCAGUAACAUUGGAGGCAAAGAGUGGGACGGCGCAUUGGCGAGAGAUCGGAAGCACGCCAACGUGUACGACAAGGAGAACGAGCGUAAAGGCGGGCAGAGACCCGACUACUUCCACCGUCCCGGUAGUCGCGCUGCCAGCACCGAGUCGAAAAGCCAGCCCUUCUCGAGUGCUGCGAGCCAACGUUCGGGAACCCACCCAGACAGACCACGCGCUGGCAGGACCGGGACUUCCACCAACGUCAGUGAAUUCUCCUUCGACUUGAAUGCAUGA